GAGCUCUGCGGCCUGGUGCGGUCUCUGUCCGCGCCAUGCCGCGCGGCGCGGAGGCGCUGGACCUGCCUGAGUGGAAGCGCUUCUCCCGCCCGCCUGGGGAACCCCGGCGCAGAAAUGCGAUGGCACAUCUUGAUUCAGAGGUGAAAGAAGAAUGUCUGAGGGAAGACCUGAAAUUUUACUUCAUGAACCCCUGUGAAAAAUACCGAGCCAGACACCAGAUCCCAUGGAAGCUGGGUUUGCAGAUUUUGAAGAUAGUGAUGGUCACCACACAGCUUGUUCGUUUUGGUUUAAGUAACCAGCUGGUGGUUUCUUUCAAAGAAGACAACACUAUUGCUUUCAAGCACUUGUUUUUGAAAGGCUAUUCAGGUACAGACGAAGAUGACUAUAGUUGCAGCGUGUAUACUCAAGAGGACACCUAUGAGAGCAUCUUUUUUGCUAUUAAUCAGUAUCAUCGUCUCAAGGACAUUUCACUGGGGACCCUUGGUUAUGGAGAAAAUGAAGACAAUAGAAUCGGCAUCAAAGUCUGUAAGCAGCAUUACAAGAAAGGGACCAUGUUUCCUUCCAAUGAGACCCUGAAUAUUGACAGCGACACUGAGCUAGAUUGUGUUCACUUAGACCAUCAGACCCUCUCCAGGAACCCUCAGGACUGGAAGAACUCAUCAUUCUUCAGACUGGAAUUUUAUCGGCUCCUACAAGUUGAAAUCUCCUUCCACCUCAAAGGUAUCGAUCUGCAGACGAUUCACUCCCGCGAGUUACCAGACUGUUACAUCUUUCAGAAUACGAUUAUCUUCGACAAUAAAGCUCACAGUGGCAAAAUCAAAAUCUACUUUGACAGUGAUGCCAAUAUCAAAGAAUGUAAAGACUUGAACAUAUUUGGAUCUACUCAGAAACAGACCCAGUACGUCCUGGCGUUUGAUGCUUUCGUCAUCGUCAUUUGCUUGGCGUCGCUCGUUCUGUGCAGCAGAUCCGUCGUCCUCGCCCUCAGGUUACGGAAGAGGUUUCUCAAUUUCUUCCUGGAGAAGUACCAGCGGCGUGUGUGCGAUGCUGACCGGUGGGAAUUCAUCAACGGGUGGUACGUCCUGGUGAUCCUCAGCGACCUGAUGACCAUAAUUGGGUCCAUAUUAAAGAUGGAGAUCAAAGCAAAGAAUCUCACGAAUUAUGAUCUGUGCAGCAUUUUCCUUGGGACGUCUACACUCUUGGUUUGGGUCGGAGUCAUCAGAUACCUGGGUUAUUUCCAAGCAUAUAAUGUGCUCAUCUUAACCAUGCAAGCCUCACUGCCCAAAGUCCUCCGGUUCUGUGCUUGCGCCGGGAUGAUCUACCUGGGCUACACAUUCUGCGGCUGGAUCGUCCUAGGACCGUAUCACGACAAGUUUGAAAACCUGAACACAGUGGCCGAGUGUCUGUUUUCUCUGGUCAACGGUGAUGACAUGUUUGCCACCUUUGCCCAGAUCCAGCAGAAGAGAAGGCUGUUCAGUCGUCUGUAUUUGUAUUCCUUCAUCGGCCUUUUUAUAUAUAUGAUCCUCAGCCUUUUCAUUGCACUUAUUACUGAUUCUUAUGACACCAUUAAGAAAUACCAGCAGAAUGGAUUUCCUGAAACGGAUCUGCAAGAGUUCCUGAAGGAAUGUAGUAGCAAAGAGGAGUGUGAGAAAGAGCCCCCAGCCUUCCUGUCCCACGUCUGCUGCCUGAGGAGGAAAGGAAGUGAUGACCACUUGAUACUUAUUCACUGAAGCUUUCUGCUGAAGGCAAUUACGGCCCAGACCUCUGUACUCAGUGGCAACGCAGAGAGACCCUGAACUCUUGGACCAACUGUUCCAAAAUGAUUCUCUUGUUUCAUUGUGGAGCAGGAAAGAGGAUGCUUGCCAGCCGGCUGACCACAACCAAGUGCCAAGUUGUUUUUUAUAAACCCGUAUGAAGAAUAAACCAGAGCUACUACCAAGCAUUUUUGCAACCGAGCAGGAUUCUGAAAUUCUCUGUUAGUGUUAAUUUAUGACUCAGGAUAGGGAAAAAUGACUUCAGAGUACACAGUGGUGUUUCAAGUCGUGCAUUUCAGGACAUGUGUCUUUUAUCAAAUAGGGGUUGGUUUUAAAAGUGAUUCUUGGAUGAGAAGACAUUUGUCAGUUCGUGGUUCACAGAGAAGUGAAGUUGGUUGCAAUACCCAAUUAGAGAUUCAAGCUGGAAAAUUAUUAAACUGUUUAAAGAUUAUGCUUGAAUCAACAGAAAGAUCUCUUGCGGUGGCAUUGCUUGGCCUCUUUUUUGGUGGGCUUUCUUUGUCAGCAUGAUAUGGAGUGACUAUUGGCAUAGUCCGUAGAAUGGGUAGAAACCUGUCACUGGGGUACUUGUGCUAAUUGUUGGCUGUGCACACAGGACGUGCCAAAAUAAACUAGCGGUGGUCACUUGAACAACGGAACUCCACUGUGGAAGAGGGUUAGCCUUGUCAAGCAAGGAAAUAUGGUAUUUCCCCCCAAAAUAAAUAUAUUUUAUUAUCCUAUGUGGUACUGCUGCUGCUUUUUACGGUAUCUCUUAACAUCUACCUAGUAAAAAAGUCGGAUCGCAUCUCUGUUAACUCCCUGGUCUGCAAAAGGGAUUUCUCACUUGCUUAAAAGUAGUGAGGGAGAUAGAGAGGCUACUGUAUAGAAUUUAUUCAAGAUAUAUCUAUGGCAAUGACUUGAGAGAUUAAGAUUGCUUCAUGAAUAGGUUUGAGCUGACUCAGGGGUCAAUGAUUUUAAAUGUACUGGUAAAGAGUAGAACAUAACUUAAGCAGAAUCCCUGUGCCAAGGCUCCCCCUCUUAAUCCUUGGCCUCAGCCAUGCCCUCCUCACCCCCCACACCUGAGUUUCCUCCUCUCAUCCCACUGCCCCUUCCUUACCUGCCUUAAAUCUGCAAGGAAAAUCAUCCAGUGAACACCAUUAAAGCUUGUAAAAGAGUA